AUGGCGUACAGUCCGCCGGUGAUUUUUGCCUUCGGGCAAGAUCAUGACGCGACCCAUCAAUAUCCCCUCACUCCAGAGCAACGCGAGAGUACGAGGCAGACGUUCAUCGAUUCCGUUGAUCAAGAUGCUAUUUGCGCGCUGGCAUCUCGGCAUAACGACAUGAAGCCCUGCCGCAUUCUGGACUCCGCUAGCGGUAGCUUCAAUGUUUGCUUUUUUGUUCAAUUUCUGGACGACCACACAAGAUGGGUUGUAAGGGUCCCUGUCGAGCCCGUCAUUUAUGAUGUCUGGGCUAAACUCCAGAGCGAGGUAGCAACAAUGGCUAACUCGAACGGUAUGUCCAGAUACAUCCAAAACAAGACAAAAAUUCCCCUUCCUCGCAUUCACGCAUAUGGACGAGGCGAGAGCUUAAUUCGAGAUAGUCCCACGACACAAGCUUACCUAAUUCUCGAUUUCGUCGACGGUCGGUCGAUUGAUUUGCAAGCUCUAUCAGAAGACACACCUCAACGGCGAAAGCAUUUCUUCUCCCAGUUUAUCGAGAUCAUGGCUCAGUUACGCCAGCUGGAGUUCAACGCAACGGGUUCCUUAAUGCCAGAUCACGGCGGAAGGCCAGAACCCGUCGUGGGUGGUGCCCUUUCUAUCCCGAUAAACGAACUCCAGAUCGACCUUGGUAGAACCGGCAAAGCAUCUUCACCGGCGUUCACCUCUGCAACCAGCUUUGCUUUGCAGCAGCAUCAUUUAAUGUCGGAGAUAUACCGAUUACCGACAAGCGAGCUAUCUGAGGAAACUGCGCAACUUCAAGUCUUUGCACUUCACUAUCUAAGAAAACGAAUCCCAGAGCUUAUCGCUUCCGAAUGGGACAGUGGUCCCUUUAUACUGACUCACUCCGAUCUUAGAUCGUCUAAUAUCAUCGUCGAUCAUGAUCUCAACAUUCAAUGUAUCAUUGACUGGGAAUGGGCUUACACAGUUCCACGACAAUUUUUCAUACCCCCAUCUUGGAUCACGGGGCAGGGUCUUGACUAUCUGACUCAAAAACAAUGCUACGAGACCUUCCUCGAAUUCCGCGAAGUUCUUCGGGAGAAGGCUAGUUCAUCCGAUCUAUACCGCCAACUUGCGGACGACUGGGAUUCGGAUCUUCCAAAGACGCUGAUAUUGCCUCUUGCUCACAUAUUACUACACCCUUCCGACCUCAUCCAUGUAUACUACAGGUCUAUGUUUCCCCAGCUGUUUCACGAGCCUCGCGCCGAAGUAGUUGCUCGGUUCUUUCAUGAUACUGGCAAGAACAAGACGCUGGUCGCUGAGGUCCAGCAACGGAUGGCUGAUUCCGAGCGGUAUACCCAAUAUUUGAAGGACAACGGAUUGUUCGUUCCCGAUGAGGAAACCCGAAAGGCCCGGGAAUGGCUCAAGAAAGCCCAAGAAUUAAAUGAUAAGUUGGGACUAGGUAUAAUGUAG